CGAUCAAAAGUGCAUCACGUUAAAAAAUGAGAUCAAAGACCUUCUUUAUUUCUUAUCAAAAAGUUUCUUGCACCUGUGAAUUGAGGACAGUCAUAGUCAUCGAGUGUAUCAGGAGUCUAGAAACAUUUCAGUCGAUUAGUGAAUCGAUAAACCGUAAUUGUCUGUUCCAGAAAGUCUUAAAAAGUCGGCAGUCACGUUUGUUUCACACACACACACACACCUAACUCGUUGCAUGCCACGCUUCAGUGGUUCCACGUGCUGGUUUAACUUUCUGCGCAGAAUAAGAAGAUGAGACGGCUAAUCGUGAUUAUUCUGAUGUGUUGUGUGAUUUUGAGUGUGAAGUGUUUGAAGGAAUGGAAUACCGAAAUUUACGAGAAUAGCGACAAUGUCUACCAAGAAUACGAAGAUGAAGAUUUAUUGUUCGAUGAAAAUUACGACGACAGCAUGUUUUUCAGAAAAAUUGAUCCAAUGGACGAGGCUCGAGGGAUGGAUGUAAAUAACUCGGACGUAGUGCUGAAUUGUUUUGGAAUCGGCGGCAGAUUUUCGACUAUGCUAAAUUCUUAUUUAAGAAAAGAUGCAAAUGGAACUAAAGCUCUGAAGGUUUUGUUUUAUUCGACUUCGAGAAAACAGCCGAAAAGAGUACCCAUGCGACAUGGCGAUUUAUUUCUGUUGGACAAAACCGAUUUUGAUAUCACGCGUCGAACGAUUUUCAUCGUGCAUGGAUUUUUCUCCGACGGCAAUGAACAGUGGAUCUUUGACAUGGAGAAGGCCUUAUUGAAAUGGGGCGACGUUAACGUGUUUGUUGUGGAUUGGAGUGAUGGAGCCAACACGUGGAAUUAUUUCAAGGCGGCGAUAAAUACAAAAACAGUCGGAAAUCAAUUAGCAACAUUUAUUGGCCAGCUGAUCAAUCAGAUAGAACAAUGGAACGGUCCUGAUCCAAGCGAAUGGGGCCCACUCCACCUUAUCGGUCAUAGUUUGGGAGCCCACAUUUGCGGUCAUGCAUCUUACGAACUUAAGCGUAGGGAGAGCAAGUGGCCUAUUCAGCGUAUCACAGGUCUUGAUCCAGCUCAACCCUGCUUCCGACAUUCGGACUUGGCGUUACGACUGGAUCUGUCAGACGCUGAGUUCGUGGACGUUAUUCAUACGAAUGGCAGAAUCUUAAAGAAAUUGGGUCUCGGAUUGCCCUAUCCAUUAGGUCACGUUGAUUUCUAUCCAAACGGUGGAAAUGUUCAGCCUGGAUGUAUUUUGGCAAAAUCUUCUAUAUGGAAAUAUUUGCCGCUACCUGUCGAAAAAAUUAAGAAAACAAUAUGUAGUCAUGGCCGGUCGCAUUUGUAUCUCACAGAGUCUAUAAUCACAGCAGUAGAAAAAAAUUGCACUUUCUGGGCACAUGAAUGGGACAUGUCAUACAUGGGCGUUGAAAAAAUACUAUCAUCGAAAUGCGAAGAUAAACGAGCUGAUCGUCGUCGGUGUACUGAAAUGGGCAUCAAUGCAGAGAAAUAUAGUUAUAAUGGCACCUUUUUUGCUAUAACAGGGAGUUCUGCCCCUUAUUGCAAAUUCUUUUUAGGUGUAGACACUCAUGCAAUGGAGGAAUUGAAAAAAUUUAUGGAGAAGCUUAAAAAGAAAUUUUUAUUUGAAGUUAAGUAAAUUGUACGUCUUUAAUUGAUUCGAAUAGUGCACAAAUAAAUGCAGUAUUACUAUAAAUAAUUAAA